AUGGUAAGCAGUCCUAACAGUGUAGUGAAGUGCCCACCAAAAAGACAAUGAUAAAGUUCCGAUACAAACGGAAGGAUCCGGCACCGGUGAAGAAGGGUGACGAUGCUGGUGUUGGCGCCAGUGCAAACUUUGCCGACUCUCGCGCUUCUACGAACGUUUCGCAGCAAGCGGCGACGGGUGCGGGCGAAGGUACGGUGCGUCCCGCUGCCGGUAGCCCGAGCAGUCUGCAGCCGACCCAUUACGUACGGUCGGCUACCAGUAGUGCGCAGGGAGGCAGCGCAACGUUACCCAAGGACCAUCGCAGUACCGUCAGCUUGGGUGUCGAGCAUCAGCAACAUCCGGAUCAUGAUGACGCAGCUGACCGCUUUGAUGGACAUCCUUGCUGGGGUGGAAGCUAUCAGCAGCAGCAGCAGCAACAGCAGCAGCUUCAUCAACAACAGGCCAUUCAGUAUCAUCAAGAGCUGCUUCAGCGAGUCAAAAUGGAGAACGAGCUUCAUCAGCUGCAGCAACAGCAGCACUACGAGUAUCUGUCCUGCAUCGAUGCGGUUGUUGAAUUGUUUUCCCAACUGCAAACCAGCUCAGAACCGGCCCUCUGUCCGGAACCGUUGCGGCGUGCCCUUGCCAGCGGACCACUCGCCGGCCGUCGGUUCCCGCUCGGCUGUCUAGGCGAUGCGGCAGAAUGCUUCGAGCUGCUGCUACACCGCGUCCAUCAGCAUCUUUCCCCGGUGGACAGUGAUAGUUGCGAGGCGGCACAAUGCGUUGCCCAUCAGCGGUUUGCAAUGCGGGUCGUCGAGCAGAGUGUGUGCGAGUGUGGUGCCAACUCGGAGAAGCUCCCAUUUACUCAGAUGGUACACUAUGUGUCUGCUUCGGCGCUAACAUCGCAAAACUCGCUGUCAAUACAACAUCAGCAAAAUAUCACGUUCGGCCAGCUGCUGCGCAACGCGGGCAACAUGGGUGACAUCCGCGACUGUCCGAGUGCGUGUGGCGCCAAGAUCGGCAUUCGACGGGCACUGCUGAACCGGCCGGAUGUUGUAUCGAUCGGUGUGGUGUGGGACUCGGAGCGUCCACCGGCCGAUCAGGUGCACGCCGUGCUGAAGGCGAUCGGUACCACGCUGCGCCUGUGCGACGUGUUCCAGCAGGUUUCGGACCAUCGGUGGGCCCAAACCGUCCAUCACGAGCUGGUGGGCGUCGUGUCGUACUACGGCAAACACUACACCACCUUCUUCUUUCACACGAAGCUGCGCGUUUGGGUGUACUUCGACGAUGCGAACGUGAAGGAGGUCGGCCCGAGCUGGGAAGGUGUGGUGGAGAAGUGUUCCCGGGGACGAUAUCAGCCGCUGCUACUGCUGUACGCAUUGCCCCAGCCCCAGCAACUCGCACAGCAGCAGCAACAGCAGCAGCAACUGCAGCAACUGCAACAUCAGCAAGAGCUAACAACGCUGGCCCAGCACCGUAGGGCCGUUACGCCGAGCCCGGAAAAAGCUUCCAUGGGCUCGAAUGUCCGGCGUGCCAUUACACCGACCCCGAACCGGGCCCUACCGAUCUGUGACUAUCAGAAUUUGACCGUGAUACAGAGUAAGAUAUUCUCCACGGCCAAUGGCACGGGAGGCGCUGGUGCCGGGGAGGACGCACAGGAGAAGGACCAUUACAUUAGCCGUAAAGCGGUACAGAGCGUGUUGAACGCGCAGUACCAAAAUCUGUCCGUCAUACAGGAUAAAAUCUUCCCAUCCACGCACGACCAACAGCAACAGCAACAGCAGCAGCAGCAACAGCAGCAACAGCAGCAGCAACAACAGCAACAGCAGCAACUGAGAGUCCUAGCGAACGGCAACAGCAAGCAGCAACAUCAUCCACAGAAUCUGAGCUACAACCGUAAUCUGGUGAACGGUGUUGAGGGUGGUACGAGUAACUCCGUGGGCAUGCCCAACGUAUCACCUUCCUCGUCCAGCGGUACAGCAUCCUCACCGGACGGACUCUCGAUGCCGGACCAUCUGAAUCAACCAAGACGGCGCGAUUCGGGCAAUUGGAGCGGAGAUCGCAACUCGGCCUCCUCCUCCUCCUCGACAACGCUGGACAAUCCGUAUCUGUAUCUCGUCGGCAAGCGGCAGGUCGGUGGCAGCGUACCGGCAAGUCCUACGCGUGGCAACAACUCAACCAACGCUGGACUCGGUACGAUGGCCGGUGGCACCAAUGGCGGGCAGUUCUAUGACGCUGGGUACGAUUCGUACUCACUCUCGUCUACCGAUUCCUUCCCGUCGAAGCAUCAGUCGAGCGGUACGGGUGGUUCGCUGCUGAUGGCAUCGUCCGGUACAGCGUGCGGAACUGGCACCAUGACGAAGAUACCGGAGUCCGUCGUCCUGUCCGGCGAUUGCGAGAAGCUGUGCAUGGAAGCGGACCAACUGUUGGAGAAGUCCCGGCUGCUGGAAGAUGCGCACGAUCUCGAGACGGCACUGGUGCUGUGUCAUGCCGCCGCUAGUAAGGCACGUGCCGCGAUGGAUGCACCGUACAGCAAUCCGCACACGAUGACGUUCGCACGCAUGAAGCACAACACCUGUGUGAUGCGAGCCCGCUCCCUAAACCGGCGCAUCCUGAUCGAGAAGGGUGGCGAAAUGAUUAAGGAGCAGCAGCAGCAGCAGCAGCAACAACAGCUGCAACUACAGCAGCAAGCUCAGCUACAUCUGCACCAUCAAACGAUGCAGCAGUACCACGUGCUGACGAGUGGGGGCGCUUUGCAGCAUCGGCGGCAGAACAGCAAGGAGAAGAUGCUGACGGCCAGUACAGCGGCACACCAUGCGCUGUCCGGAUCGACCACGGCCGGUACGACGGCUGGUGCGGCCGGUACCGGUGGUGGCAGCGUACUACGCAACUCACCCUCGAAGAACAUCGAAAUCUACGCCACACUGCCGAAGAAGAAGGUCACCCUGAAGCUGAUCGAGGCGGAACACAUUGAGCCGGAACCGGCGGUCGAUCUGAAAGCGCCGACCGAACGCGAAAGUCGCAGUCUGUUUUCGCGCGUCACCAGCGACAAGGAUGGGAAGGAGGGCAAGGAGAAGCGUAGCCGUAGCGAAGAUCGCAACAAAGCGCUCGCCUCCUACACCGAUCCGGGGCUCGUCAACGCGAAGGACACACUGCGCAAGCACAAGGAGGAAAAGGAUGCAAACGAUCGGAAGGAGAAGGAGGCAAAGUCGGGCAAAAAGCAGCACAAGAUCCGCCGGAAGCUGCUGAUGGGUGGUUUAAUACGGCGCAAAAAUCGCUCCAUGCCAGAUCUGACCGAGGCCGUCACCGGCGGGUCAGGAUCGGGUGGACCGGGUAUGGGUGAGAACGGUAAUGGCGAUCCGUCACUGUUGGAUAGUGGAGUUGGUGGUGGUGUUGGAGGUCCACACGGCACAUCACUGGACGAUAGUGCCGUGGGGCUUAGUGUAAGCGCGAAGGACAACCCAAACAGUGGAUACCUUUCCGAGGGUCACUUUGACUAUCAUCCCAUCUCGAACACGAACCCGAACCUGGAGCGUAGCAAGCUGAUGCGCAAGAGCUUCCACGGUAGUGGACGUACGCUGUCCAUUCCGAAGGUACCGCCACCGCCACCGGUUCGUAUCGGAUCGGCACUGACAGCGGUGUCCAGCGGUUCCGCCACAUCGCAACAGCAACAUCACAAUCAGCCAUCAAACGCAUACCAACCGUCAUCUGCCUCUUCUUCACCGUCGAUGCUGCAGAUGCAGAAGCUUCCCCUGAACGGUGUUAAUCUUCGACAUCUCGAGUACGUGACGGAGGCGGCAGCUGCUGCUGCUAACAGUGGUUUGCCAACCCAUCCGCCAACGAGCGGCAUCAAACCCUUCCACGAAGCGAACGUAUCGAACCUAUCCACGAUGAGUUCCAACACCAGCAUGAGUGAGGAUUCGUGCCAAACCAUCAUCACGACCUGUGCGGUUGUUCAUCAGGAACAGUCGCCGGUAAAGGCGCAAGAGCUUCCAGCCCAUCCAUCGUCAACGGCUUCGAUCGGGCUGGAGGAGGUGGACUCGAUCGUACGCUAUCAGCCGCAGCAUCAGUCGGCUGCCCUGCUGGAGCUGCCACCGUACCCAAGUCCUCCCUCCACUACGUGCCAUUCGCGGCAAGCAAGCGAGGACUUCCCGCCGCCACCGCCUGCCAUCGAUUUUGAGCCGCUGCACGAGCAGCUGAAUGAGAUACAGAGCCUGCAGACGAAUGGGGGUGGGCAGGGCGUUAAGCAGCAGCAAUCGAUGCCACACAGCCAAUCAGGCAUCCAAAACACGACGAGCAUUUUGGCACAGCUGCAAGCAAAGCAGCUGCAACAGCAGCAACAUCAGAUGCAACUCCAGCAGCAACAGUACCAGCACCAUCUGCAGGAUCAGCAGCAUCAUCAUUCGAAUGGUUCUACCAAUCCAAACAACCCGAUCAGCACUAGCGAAAUUCUGAACGAAACUACGCGUUCGGAGAUCUGGCUGAAGGAGUUGCAGCUGAAGCAGCUCGCCCUGAAGCAGCAACAGCAGUGUCGGGAAGCGGGCAGUACCGUACAGCAGCAAUAUCAACAGCAGCAGCAAGGACAGAAGAGCAACGCCGUCACCUCCGCACCAUCGAAUAGCGCCGGUGAUCAGCGCAGUGUGCGUGAUUUAGCAUCACGGUUCGAGCAGUUUAAGCUAUCGGUAGGCUCACAGGCUCAGCAACAGCAACAGCUGCAUCCACCAAACAUACGCACCGGUAUGAGCGGGCUGCUGCUAGCCGACCAGCAGCAGAAAGCAGCUCGUACUACACCACCUCCACCACCACCACCUCCAUCAGCUGCAAACGAGGGCAUGCUGGGUGAAACGGCGGGAGGUUCGGAGUUUAGCGGCAACAGUAAUGGCGUCGAUAUUGUUGAUUGCCCGCGCGAUGUUGGUGUCGUGUAUCGGAUGCAACUGCCGAAACCACGCUACGACAUUGCACAGAGUCAAAUACAGGAAGAGAUCCGUGAGGUCGAGAUGCUGAAUCAAGUCGUACAGCAAACGCUUAACAAUGGUACUGCUGGUGCUGGUGCUGUCGGUGGUAGCACGAGCAGCAAAUCGCAACUGUUGCACUGCUCCGACGCACCGCAACUAUCGUCCGGUCGCACCAAAAAGAAGAGCGUUUCGUUCUGCGAUCAAGUCAUACUGGUAGCGACGGCCGAUGAGGACGAAGAUGAUGGCUUCAUUCCGAACCCAAUACUAGAGCGUGUUCUACGCACUGCCGGUGGUGGUAGUAGUGCUUCUGUCGGCACUAGCUCUCUCGAAAGUGACUCCACUACGGGUGUGCUGUUGUCGGCAGGGUCUGGUGAGGUUGGUGCGUCACAACCACUAUCGCAACCAGCUCAAUCGCCGCUAGCUGCCACAUUGCAGGAACGCUUGCCGACGCUGUCGACCAGUAUUACGUACCACCCGAUCAAGGCACCAUCACCAACGCAACAGCUGAAACAAUCACCACUGCCACCGGUUUCUGCCGCAGGUCCUGUGUACUCUCUUGCGGCGGAUAUGCACAAGCAGAACAUGGAGAUACAGCGACAGUUGCACCAGCAACAGCAACAGUACUAUGGAGUGCCUGUUAACAACGGACCUGAGCUGGAGAGUUACAAACAGCAGCAGCAGCAGCAGCAACAACAAUCGCAACAACAGUAUAGCUCCAUACCAGCAAACGCGACCAUCUUCAAGACGCAUCAGUUCAGCGCAACAAUGCCGACGAAGAGUUCCCCUUCGUUGUACGGUGUAGCGCCCUCUAUGACACUUCAGCUGCAUCAGCAGCAGCAGCAACAGCAGCAGCAACGUCUCUACGGAAGUGAUACGGGCAGUGAGCUUAGCUUCGAUGGUCGUACAUCCGGGUCGUCGCCUUACAUGACCGUGCCGCACGUGCUUGACGGGGUGGGCCAGCAGCAGCAGCAGCAUCAGCAACAUCACCAAGUCGUCGGAGGAUAUCAAACCGUGUCCGCCUCUCCGACCACCAUCACCACCAACACGAGUCCCGCUUCCAAUACGCUGCUUCGUCAGAACUUGGCGUCCUUGCUUCAGCAUCAACAGCAAACGAUGGGAGUUGGUAGCGUUGGUGGUGUGGUGGCUUCACCACCAUCAACCUUGCGAUCUGCACCGCAAAACGGAGGCAUUGGUCUGUCCAAUGUGUACCAGAAGCCUCCAAAGCCUCUUAAUGCGUAUCAGCAACAACAGCAGCCACAACAACAACAGCAGCAGCAUCAUAUACAACAACUCACCACCACGUACAAUGGUAACGUGCCGUCACCGUACACCCAACAGCAACAGCUAAGCACCACCAUUCCAGGGUCCUCCUCCCCUUACCAGCGGGUACCUGUCCCGCUCGGGUACGAGAGUAACAUGUCCGCUUCGCUCUACCACGAUCAAACUACGGUUGGGUUAAUGAACCAGCAGCAGCAACAUCUUGCCCUCGGUGGUGCCGCACCCCCAUCCACGUCCCUCCAGCCGAAACCAGCCCAGAAGAAGGUGAGCUUCGAGCCGGGUACGAAAGGUGGCAGUCCUGAGAUCGGUGGACAGUCACAGUCAACCGUAUCACCAUCACCGUCCGCCAACGCGUGUCUUCAGCAGCAGCAACCACCGCAACAACAGCAACCGGCACAGCAACAACCGCACUACCAACUACCGAUGGAGUCGCAGCAGCAGCAGCAGCAACAAAAUGUCGUCGGUUUGCCAACCCGUCUCGUACCGCUGGCGACGUAUAAUGGGAGCUCGAUCAUCAAACCAUCCGCCAAAACGGUCCAGUGUAAUCUCUGCCGGAAGAAGCACUGCCUGCUGCCGGACCUCUACUGUACCGACUGUGAGACGUAUCUUGCCCGCUUCCAGAUGCCGGUACGGCGAUAA